CCGACAAAAGAGUGAUUCAAUAGGAGCAAGAGAGAGCCUCUGAAACCCCAGAUCUCUCUUUGCAUUUUUCUCUUGGGAGCUCAAAAUCCUAUAGAAAAUGGUGCAGAAACCAUUGAUCUAUGCAUUUGUAUCACGCGGGGAAGUUAUCUUAGCAGAGUACACUGAGUUCAGCGGAAAUUUCAACACAAUAGCUUUUCAGUGCCUCCAAAAGCUUCCUUCUUCCGACAACAAGUUCACGUACAACUGUGAUGGCCAUACCUUCAAUUACCUUGUUGACAAUGGCUACACAUAUUGUGUUGUUGCAGAUGAGUCUGCUGGAAGGCAAGUAACUAUUGCUUUUCUGGAGCGUGUCAAGGAUGAUUUUGUGUCAAAAUACGCUAGUGGAAAAGCUACUACAGCUCUUGCCAACAGCCUGAACAAGGAAUUUGGGCCAAAAUUAAAAGAACAUAUGCAGUACUGUGUUGAGCAUCCUGAAGAAAUAAGCAAGCUUGCUAAAGUCAAAGCUCAAGUUUCUGAAGUCAAAGGUGUUAUGAUGGAGAACAUAGAGAAGGUGUUAGAUAGAGGGGAAAAGAUAGAGCUGCUAGUGGAUAAGACAGAGAAUCUACAUCAACAGGCUCAAGACUUCCGGAAUACAGGAACAAAAAUCCAAAGAAAAAUGUGGCUACAAAACAUGAAGAUCAAGCUGAUUGUUCUAGGGAUACUGCUUGCCUUGAUCCUCAUCAUUGUCCUCUCUGUUUGCCAUGGAUUCAACUGUGGAAAAUGAGUGCCGUCUUGAUUAGGCUUAUUAGAGUUUUCACCUGAGCUAUUGUGAUAAUAUUGUGAGUAAAAGAUCAAUAUAUAUAUAUAAUGUGAUUUCAAAUGUUGUAUAAGAAUAAGAUUAGCAAUCACCAUAUAUUUGGUGCAAGAUAUUUUUUAAUGUGAACAAACCCUGAAAAUGUUUAUUGCAAUACAUGAAUUUGCAUUUUCCAACAAUCAUAGCAUUAACCACCAAGCUUCAAAUUCAGUAGGCAAAAUUUUGU